AUGGCUCCUAGAAAGGCGGGUGGGUUAGGAGUGGGAGAUGCAGUGGUUAGGAAUACAGCCCUUCUGUUCAAGUGGUGGUGGAGGUUUUCGAAAGAGGAUUGCCCCUUAUGGAAGAGAGUAGUUUGCUCUUGUAAUAGCAUGAAUCCCUCUGUGAUGCUGUGUGGUCAGCCUAUUCCUACAAGAGGGGGUCUUUGGAGAGAUAUCUGUCAGCUCCAGAUCAGGGAGCCACAGAUCAGAAAAAAGAUGAUCAGAGGAUUAUCUAUGGAUGUAGGGAAUGGCAGAACAAUCAAGUUCUGGGAGGAUGUCUGGCUGCCUGGUGGAAGGUUGAAAGAGAUGUUCCCAAGACUUUUCUCGGUCUCAAACCUCACAGGAUCUGUUAUAGGGGAGUGCGGGUUUUGGGAUGGGUUAGAAUGGAUCUGGAGUUUUCAGUGGAAGAGAGAAUUAUUUCAGUGGGAGCUGGAGCUUUUACACCAACUCCAUGAGGUCUUGCAGUCAGUUAGAAUAACAACUGAGAGGGAGGACAGGGUGGUGUGGAAAUAUGAUAAAACUGGUAUUUUUACUACUAAUUCCUUUGUGCAGGUAAUGCAGGAAGCAGCACUCCCGGAGAAAAUUACGAGCUAUAGCUUCACUAGCGCUAUUUGGAGGGGUUUUGCUCCGCCAAGGGUUGAGUUAUUUUCAUGGUUUGUUUUGGUUGAGAGGGUGAAUACUAAGGAGAGACUAUGCAAAUUAGGAGUCAUUGACCAGCAUGAUAAUAUGUGUGUUUUAUGUUGUAAGUCUGUUGAAUCUGCUUUUCAUCUUUUUAUUGGCUGUGAGAUCACUUGGCAGGUGUAG